AUGGGCGCCGGCGCCGGCGCUGGAGCCCGCGCCCGCGAGUACCUCGCGGAGGAUGAUGCCCUGCGGCGCGUCAUCAAGGAGGACUUGCCCUGGGCGGAGGAGCUGCUCAGCCGCGCCCAGCGGAUCCUGGCAGAGGCUGCCGAGGCUAAGCCCACGACGCCGGGACAGGCAGCCAAGGUCCACUUGACUGUCAGCGGCCCGGGUAAGGGGGCCUUUCGGCUUGACGUUGACAGAGAUGCAACUGUGGAAGGCCUGUGCCGACAGAUCGUGACAAAGACUGGCAUGAGAGCAAGUCGAACACUCACCCUGACUUCGGGUGGCAAAGCUCUGGAUGAUUCGAAACCUUUGCUGCAACAAGUCACUGGGCAGGAGGUUGCCUUCACUUCGCGGCAAAUUGGUGCUGGACAAGCAGCGCUGGCCUUGCACAAAGCCUUAGCAAAAAGGACACAUGACCGUGCAGAAACGACAAAAGAAGACCUUUGUGCAGAAGAUGUGAAGGCCAUGGAUGCCAUUGAGUCACUGACAUUUGGUUUCUAUUUCAAUCAAAGUAUGGAGGGCAUAACACUGCCAAGUGGCCUUCAGACUCUGACCUUUGGCGAAAAGUUCAACAAGAGUUUGAAAGGUCUCACAUUGCCGAGCAGCCUUCUGAGUUUGACCCUCGGAGGCGAUUUCAACCAGAGUUUGGAGGGUGUUGUGCUACCAAGCGGCUUGCUCAAGUUGAAGUUUGGCAAAGAGUUUGACAAGAUCCUCGAGGGUGUUGUGCUUCCAAGCAGUCUGCAGGUUUUGUCUUUUGGUGAAAAGUUCAACCAAAGUUUGGCAGGCGUCGUCCUCCCAGGCAACCUCCAGACCUUGUGUUUUGGGCAAAAAUACAACCAGAGCUUUGCGGGGACCACGCUACCUCAUAGCCUGCAGACUCUAACCUUUGGGUGGAAUUUCAACCAAAGCUUUGUCGGUGUCACACUGCCAAAUAGCCUUGAGUCUUUGACCUUCAGCGGAGAUUACAAUCAAAGUCUGAAAGAUGUCACGCUGCCAAGCAGCUUGAACACUUUAACCUUUGGCUAUCAGUUUAACCAGAGCUUGGCUGGUAUCAUGUUGCCAAGCAGCCUUCAGACUUUGACCUUCGGCUGCAUGUUCAACCAGAGCUUGGCAGGCGUCGCAGUGCCAAGUAGCCGGGAGACCCUGAGAGAAAACCUGAGCUUGAAGGGCAUCUUACUGCCGAGCAGAUUACAGACUUUGAUCUUUGGGAAGAACUUCAACCAACGCUUGGAAGGGGUCAUGCUGCCAAACAGCUUGGAGAGACUGACUUUUGGCAAAGGCUUCAACCAAGAUUUGAGAGGUGUCCGGCUGCCAAGCAGCUUACGGACUUUGACCUUCAGUGGGGCCUUCAACCAGAGCUUGCAAGGCCUCACGCUGCCAGAUAGCUUGCAGACCUUGACCUUUGGCGACGAGUUCAACCAAAGCUUGGCAGGUGUCACGCUGCCAAGCAACCUGCAGACUUUGACAUUCGGCUGCAAGUUCAACCAAAGCUUGGCAGGUGUUAGAUUGCCAACAGGCCUGCAGAUCUUGACUUUUGGCGCUGAUUUCAACCGAAGCUUGGACGACGGAGAUUGGAGCGUGGAAGACAGAGCGCCCACUCCCACACUGCCAAACAGCCUACAGACCUUGACCUUCGGAGAAAGGUUUAACAAGAGCUUGGCAAAUGUCACGAUGCCAAGCAGCCUGCAGACUUUGACAUUUGGCAAAGGUUUCAACCAAAGCUUGGUCGGUGUCAAGCUGCCAAACAGCCUACAGUCUUUGACUUUCGCUCAUGGUUUCAACCAAAGCUUGGCACGUAUGCUGCCGAGCAGCCUCCAGACUCUUACCUUUGGCAGUGGUUUCAACCAGAGCUUGGCAGGUGUCGCAUUGCCAGGCGGCCUGCAGACUUUGAGUUUUGGGAAAUGGUUCAACCAGAGUUUGGAGCGGGUCAAACUUCCAAGCAGCUUGCAAAAUUUGACCUUUGGUGAAAAGUUCAACCAGAGCUUGUCACAUGUCACGCUUCCGAACAGCCUGCAGACUUUGACUUUGGGAACUGGCUUCAACCAACGAUUGGCGGGUGUGGCACUGCCAGGCAGCCUACAAACUUUGACGUUUGGCGAUCAUUUUGAUCAGAGUUUGACCGGUAUAAUGCUGCCCAGCAGCUUGCAAACUUUAACCUUCGGUAGUGGGUUCAACCAAAGCCUGGCAGACGUCAUGUUGCCAGGCAGCCUGCAGGUUUUGACAUUUGGAGAACAUUUCAAUCAGAGCUUGGUUGAGGUAAGGCUGCCAAGCAGCCUGCACUCUUUGACAUUCGGAACGGAUUUCAACCGCAGUUUGGUUGGUGUCGCGCUGCCAAGCAGCUUGCAAACGCUCACAUUUAGCUACAACUUCAACCAGAGCUUAGUUGGCGUCAUGCUGCCAAGCAGCUUGCGCAGGUUCUGUCUUUGGCAAGUCACUGUUUGCAUCGAUUUGUGA